CUGGGUCCUUCGAAAAACCCAUCUUCGCCCCAUGUCGCGACUCAGCAAGCGCAGCCGAUUGCCGUUGCCACUGGCCACGGUUCUUCUCCUGGGGAGUUUGUGCUUCACUGGGCCGCAAGCAUCGCGACCGUUCAGGACAGGUCUGAGGGCUGCGGAUGAGGCCUGGCGCGAGGCCUAUGACAUGGAGCUGCAGAGGAACCGGUUGCUGCGGGAACAGCUGAAGGAGGACAUGGAACUGCCAGAAGUGUGUGAAGUGGAUUGGAAGGCAAGCUAUGAGAAGCUCUCAGACUGCAACAAGGAGCUGGAAGUUGCCUUGCGUCAACAGGCCAAGACGGCCGAGGAGGAUGCACAGCCCCUCUCGGUGGAGCCUGUCGCCUUUGAAGUCACCUUGCCCGACAGUGACAGCAGUGAGAGGGUGGAGGUGGUUGGUUUCCGGUCUCCGAAGAAUGCGGCCUUUUACCUGCUGCGGGGGCGCUUACCCUUAGGACUGCAAUUGACCAAGAAGGAUGAGGGACGUUUGAAAGGAGCCUUCAUGGUGGAAGCCGCCGCGCCCGGUGGCGCGGCUGCCAACGGUGGUGUCAUGGAAGGCGAUAUCCUCCACGCGCUGACGGUGGUGAUGGACAGG